AUGUCGGCGACGGCGGCGGCGAUCCGUUCCGGGGAGCUCCUCGCGUGCGCCGUCGCGCUGCGGCGGGCGCCCGUGGCGGUGUCGGUGGUGUCGGUGCGGACGAGGGCGAGGGGCGCCGCCGUGGCGGUGCGGGCGGAGGCGACGGCCGAGGGGGUAGGGAAAGGGGGGAAGAAGGCGGCGGCAGGGAAGAAGAGGCCGGCGAGCGGGAUCACCAAGCCGAAGCCCAUCUCUCCGGAGCUGCGGGAGUUCGUCGGCGGCGCGCCGGAGCUGCCCCGGACCGAGGCCAUCAAGCUGGUCUGGGCGCACAUCAAGGGCAACAACCUCCAGGAUCCAAAUGACAAGAAGAUAAUAAUCUGUGACGACAAACUGAAGAAGAUAUUUGGAGGGCGUGACCGUGUUGGGUUUCUUGAAAUCUCUGGGCUGCUCAACCCUCACUUCCAGAAAUGA